CACACACACACACACACACACACACACACAGCAGACACUUCCUCCUCUCGACACAUGUGCACAUUAGAUCUGUUAUUAAUAGCUGUUCUAGAAAGUUGCUCUCCCCUCCUGUUGUUAUUUUCCAUCUGUGGCGUUUUAAGAGGCCGAAAGGACUGACAUGGCCACAGUUCAUCCCUCUCCUCCACCCCCACCUCCACCUUUAUCCUCUGGAAACCGGCAUCCUGCUGCCAGAUCCCCACCACGUCCUCUACAUGCAGCAGUGCCAUGGAAUUUUCCCCAAAGUCCUCCAGCCCAGGAGACGGGGGCUCCACCGGACGCUCCAGAGGAAGCAUCAGCUCCAUCCCCGCCUACAGAGCAAAAUGGACCCCAGUCUCCACACGAAGAUCACAUGUGUGAUGGUGAAGAGAAAAGCCUUCCAGUGCAGGAAACUGAGCCUGUGCUAUCGGAAAACCAGAUUAUAGAAGCUGGAGUCCACGAUGAAGAAGGCACUCAGGAGGAUGGAGCUGGAGAGACCAACUGCUCUGAAGCACUUUAGUGACUUAAAAAUAAGACCAGGAUUUAUAAUACUUUCUUGCACAUGGUUCAGAAACCCAAGCCAAGGAGGUUUCAUAUUGAUGUUGCCUUUAGAUUACCUUUAGAGUCUAAAAUAGACAAUACUAACUUUGAAUAUUGCUGUUUAUUAUUAUUUAUUGCUUGUGUGACGUUGCUGACAGACACAAAAAAAAAUGUUCCUUACUUUUCACUGGGACACAUUUCCUAGGCAAAGAUAUGCUAUUGACUCAAUUAAGAGAAAUGAGAGCUUCAUCUACAGUAGGGACCUACAGCCAGCUUCAGUUUUAAACAUUCUGUUUUAAUAUAUCUCUUGUUACUCCCCCAGUUUUGUGCGAUUCUGUGCAAUAUAUAUACCUAACAAACUUAUUUUCCUUUUGGCUUUUCCCUUCAGGGGUCGCCACAGCGAAUCAUCUGCUGCCAUCUAACCCUAUUCUCUGCAUCCUCUCUUCUCACACCAACUAACUUAAUGAUUUAUACCUAACAAACUAAUACCCCUUUAUACGCAGCAUGUCCUCUAAGUUCAGAGUAUUUAAAUCGAAUGUACUAUUGCCUUCCUUUAGAGUUUUAAAUUGUUUAAAUGUUUAUUUGGACCAAUUUUAUGCCAGUCACCAGUGUCUUUAUGGAUUAAACCUGCUUUGAACACUCACAA